AUGGGUACCGACACGACUCUCGCGGCAGCAGCACUGGCAAUCGCCCUCGUCGCACUAUGUACAACGAUAGGUCAAUUGCUUCAGCAAUACUUCGCAACCGCAGAUGGUUACCGUCGAUGCCAGAAGUCCGUCAUGGGGGAGUAUGCACGCAAAACGCGGUUACAGUGGAGAUGGCGAGAGUUUCGUUUCGAGACGCUCUACACCACACCCGAGAUCUUCCUUGUGGGACAAGGGGUGCCGAACAGAGUUGGUCAAGUUCUGCUCACCGGGAGUCAGAAAUCGAGAGAGAAGUCCUUGGUUCCUUUAUCGUCAGUGGAAAAUGGGGAUGCGGUGAUGCUGACGCCGACGAAUUUGCAUGGUAUGAAGCGGCAGCGGAAUAUGGAGUCGCAGCUUCAGGGAAUGCAGCCAAGACCUUCGAGGAUAAAAGGGGGAACUUAUACGGGGGAGAUGGCUUGCUGGGUGCCGUUGCUGCAUUGGAUUCAUGAGAAAACGGGUGUUUCGUUGGACGAUCGCCCUUCGAUUACAUUGCAGUGGACAGAUCCCAUGCUCAUGCCUCCUCUCAAUCUGAGGCUACCUGGAAUUAUCUUCCGCGAGCGGUCUUGGGAUUUUCAACCUCCAGAUGUGGUUCGACCUCUGGCAAAGACAACCCUCUCCGAUAUUGCAGUGAUCGCACGACGGAUGGGGAUGAAAUGGAAAGACUUCCGGCCGUCUGAUGGAAUUCUCAGAGCCGAAGGCCACUCUCAGACCAUCACUUCUACAAUGGUGAGAUCUCUUGGACUUGUGCUUCAAUAUUCAUACACCGGUCAAAAUCAACGACUUGCUAUGGCUGAACACAACCUGAGGAAGCGGCUGGUCACAGGAUCUAUUUUCACUGAACAAGAGGAGGUUUACAUCCCCAGUGCUGAAGCAGAUCGUCUGGGCUGCGGAGUUCUGAGGACUGAUCGGAAACUUGGCCUACCCGAUGUUACAGUCUCCACCCAAGCAGAGAUCAUAACAGCAUUAGGAUAUCUGGAUCGAAGUGGUACAUCGGCAGCUGCUCUGACCAAGAUACUUCGAGAGAAUCCUGAGUACCGCUUUCGAGUCGCCGAUAUUGUUGCACUCACGACCCAGCCAGCUCGACUUCCUAGCUCUCAUCUGGUUCAAGUUCCUGCUCCAAGCGAUAACAUGGAAGGAGUCACAAGAAGUUCUGUUGGUCGACGAGCUUUCCGGCAAUGUCUCGAAGAAUAUAUCGUCGUUCAUAAAGACGAUGUUGGCCAUUAUACCCAACAAGCCCUGGACAUUUGUCACGAGAUCGGCACCAAGUACGCAGCAUGGGAUCACACGGACGAUUCAGCACUCAAGACGAGCAAUGGAUCGUUACACGAGAUCCGCAAUACCUUGAUGUUGUCCAAGAAAGGCUUGAUUCUCUUACCAAAGUUCUGA